AAACUCCCUCACCACCACCUUAGCGAUCAUUUCCUCUGUACUUUGCAGCCUUUUUUUGCUUUCAAUGGAAGAGGAAGAUCAUCAAAAGGAGUUGCAGCUACUCCCUACUUCGCACUCCGUACCUUCUUCAUCACACAAGCCAUCUCGGCCGUCGGCUUCUUCUUCUCUAAGGUAUCGGUCAACGAUGUCUGAUUCCUUUGCAGGCCCAGCGCUAGACCUACAGCUGUCAAUCAGCGUAAGGCCAAUCGAGCCGGCUUCGGACUGCGUUCUAGCCGGACCCAUUUGCGGUUACGAUGACGUCAAGUCCGAGUCAAGCUGCGUCGAGGCGUUGAAAUGGCAGGCGGCGGAGCAGAUUCGGCUGGCGGCGAUGGAGAAGGCGUAUGCAGAGCGGGUGAGGGAGCUGACGAGGAGAGAAAUGGAGUUGGCGCAGACGGAGUUUGCACGUGCAAGGCACAUGUGGGAGAGGGCUAGGGAAGAGGUGGAGAAGGCUGAGAGAAUGAAGGAGAGGGCGACCCGCCAGAUAGAUUCCACGUGCAUGGAGAUUACUUGCCAGUCUUGCAGGCAAAGGUUCCGCAGGCCUUAAUUCUCAAUACAAUAGAAUUGAGUGUUCAAAUGCUUUCAAGGUGAUGUGUAUGCAAAAUCUGGGUUAAAUUGGGUUUCUGCAAUUUGCUUUGACACAAAAUAAAUGUAUAAAAGAUAAUUAAAGCACACAAUAAAAGUGGCUGGAUGAGGACUUCGCGA